AUGCAGGACCCCGAGAACUCUCUCCUUCAGCCGCCAAACCAUCUGGGACAGCCGUACUUGCACGUGGAAGAGGAGCAAGAACAUGGACGUCCCACGGGAUUCCAGUCCUCGGACGAGGUGGAAGCUUUUAUGAAUCAAGCAGCUGCACAGAACCGACAUUAUGAUUUGGAACCCGUCCCAAGUGAGGCUCACGCGUGGAGACCGGAUCAACCAGCGGGACGGAUCGAAGGCUUUGAUCGAUCGACCUUUGGCAGCACAGCAGUUGAGCAGAGCAACCCAUCCACCCACGCAGCCGCUAGAACCGCAAUGUGGCAGAUGUUUGGUGCACGACCAGGGGACACUGAGACUCUUGUUCUGCUUCUUUGGGCCCGAGUGGGCGUGCUCCUUGCAGUUGCGUGUGUUCGCAAUUCAAGUGCAGAUGGUGACAUUGCACGUGAUGCUGGAUCGUCGAAGGUCGAUCGACAGUAUCAUGGGCGGUUACCAUAUGUACUUGACACUCGGACAGGUCUCGACGAAACUUGCAUUGAGGCGUUCAAUUUGAUGUCUCGAAUAACAACACCCUUCAAUCCAUGGGAUGCUUCCAAUCAACUACCUUUGGUAAUUCCAUACACGAUGCAGCCCCAAAACCCGGGCACCUACGCAGCCCAUAAUCAGCCGUACGACAACUACUACCCACCCUCUUCAACCGAGUCCACUCCUCCCAAUGGCUUCGUCCCUUAUUAUCUCGACACCCAACAUGCUUCAAUUGCUCAGCUCCAUCAUCCAGGACCAAUCUCACCAUAUACCGCUGUACUCUCCCCCAACAGCGAUCCCAACUCUCUCUCAGACCCGGAAGCAGAACAGAAGCGUCUUCGCAAUACCGCGGCCUCUGCGCGCUUCCGAGCCAAAAAGAAGAAGAGGGAAGCUAGUCUCGAAAGAGCAAGCAAUGAGAGGAGAGCGCUCGUCAACAAGCUCGAGGGAAGAGUGAAGGAGUUGGAAGAAGAAAAUAAAUGGUUGAAGGAUCUUGUUUGGGAGAAACGCGAUGUUAGAGAAGAGAAAGAACUACGCCGAAGGCGAGAUGACGCUAGUAGUGUGGACGGAGAGGGUCAAGGAAAGCAUGAAGGCGCCCGAAAUGACGGCGUCGGAACAAACUGA